AUGAACACUCAGUAUUGUUUCGCACAUAAAUCAAUUCCUUAUAAAGUGGUAUUUGGACAGCUUCCUCACUGUGAUAUCAAUUUAAUUGAUAUAUAUAAAAGUGAAGAAGUAUUGAAUAAUCAGGCUUUAAUAUCUGAAGGUUCCCAAUUAGCAACUAUUUCGAUGAUAAAAAUUUAUGAUGAUUUAUUAUCAUUAUAUUAUUCUGAAACAGGAGAGGGCUCUAAAAACACAUAUUCUUUAGGACUUACUAAAAUUAUCAAUUCAGAUGAUAAUUUUGAAAGUAGAGA